CAGACGGAGGGUUAAAGCGUGUGUGGCCUCCAGGCGGGAGGGGGAGGCGGCGCUGAGAGCGGAGGAGCAGCCGCACCAGCCUGGCCACGCAUCUCCUACCGCCCAGCGCCCUGGGCACCCACCCUGGCCUCCAUCCAGCACCCCCGACCAUGCCCUGCGCCCCGCCCGCGCCCCCCCAGCCUCGCACCGCCCAGGGUGCCUGCAUCCACCACGCCAUGCAGUUCCAUCCUGGGAGCUCUGGCAGGUGGGGGGAAGGAUGCUGAGGAGGGGAUCCCAUCAGCCCCCCCCAGACCCCAGCCCCACCCCGGUUCCUCUCCUGCGCACAACAGUAAGAGCUGGAAAUCUGGGUCACGGCUGAGGAAGCUCUCGGACAUGGAGUCCAGAAUGUGGCCUGCCCUGCUGCUGUCUCGUCUUCUUCCUCUUUGGCCACUGCUGCUGCUGCCCCUCACGACACCUGCUCAGGCCUCCUCUUCCCCUCGAACCCCACCCACACCAGCCCGGCCCCCAUGUGCCCGGGGAGGCCCCUCGGCCCCACGCCAUGUGUGUGUGUGGGAGCGGGCACCCCCACCAAGCCGCUCAUCCCGGCUCCCACGGUCCCGACGACAAGUCCUGCCAGGCACAGCUCCUCCUGCCACCCCAUCAGGCUUUGAGGAGGGGCCGCCAUCGUCCCAGUACCCCUGGGCUAUUGUCUGGGGCCCUACCGUGUCUCGAGAGGAUGGAGACCCCAACUCUGCCAACCCCGGCUUCCUGCCUCAUGACUACGGCUUUGCGGCCCCCCAUGGACUGGCUACUCCCCACCCCAACUCAGACUCCAUGCGGGGGGAUGGAGAUGGCCUCAUCUUGGGAGAGGCACCUGCCACCCUCCGGCCAUUCCUGUUCGGGGGCCGCAGUGAAGGUGUGGACCCCCAGCUCUACGUCACCAUCACCAUCUCCAUCAUAAUUGUUCUGGUGGCCACUGGCAUCAUCUUCAAGUUUUGCUGGGACCGUAGCCAGAAGCGACGCAGACCCUCCGGCCAGCAAGGUGCCCUGAGGCAGGAGGAGAGCCAGCAGCCACUGACAGACCUGUCUCCUGCUGGGGUCACUGUGCUGGGGGCCUUCGGGGAUUCGCCCACCCCGACCCCUGACCACGAGGAGCCCCGAGGGGGACCCAGGCCUGGGAUGCCCCAGCCCAAGGGGGCUCCAGCCUUCCAGAUGAACCGGAUCCCCCUGGUGAAUCUGUGAUGCCCCCCGUAUUGGGGUGCCGCCAAGGAGGAGGCCAAGGGGCCAGCACAGCCCCCACCUCACUGAGGGUGGGGCAGCUGUGGGAGCUGGGGUGAUGGCUCCCAGCACCUGCCCUUGAAAACCCCCCAGAACACCCACUGGCUCCCAUAGGUGAGCCUGCUCACCCUCAUUUAGGUGGGGGGCUUCACAUAUUUGCGGCCCAGCCCCCCCCCACCCCCCCGCGCACACACUCACAUGAAAGCCUUGCACACUCACAUGAAAUUGCACAUAGUCCUGCUCUUGUACAGCGGUCUUCUGCCUCACCCCUGCCCCGCAUCUUUCCCUCUACUUGUCUCUCAUGGUCUCCCUGAGUUUCCCAUUUCUCACUCCAUGUCACUCCAUGCUUGGCUGGGCUGCUCAGUGGUCAUGUGUGUCCCUUUGCCCUAUGUCACCUUGUUGUGUGUGUGUCAUGCUCACUUGUAGCCUCAUGAACACCCACUGGUCUGGUCUCUGUGGCCCCUGCAUGCUGCCUUUGAGGGGGGUGGGAGGUGGGCUGAGGGCUCUCAUGCCCCCAUCUACCAUGGUUCCACCCCUUCUCAUGUCCUGUGUGUCAUCGUCUCCCCCACCCUGCUUCCAGGGUGCUGUCAUUACCCUGAGGGUUCCCCCAUGGGAAUGGGGGUAGUGAGGUCCCAAACCCUCCCUGUUCCCCUCCCCCUGCUAAGUUGUCCUGUGGUGGUGGGGGGGUUGGGGAGUCAUUUGCUGCACUACCUGAGAAAGGGGCUCCUCCUGUGCCCAUCCCUUCCUCCUCCAUUCCUUUUUUUCUUGUCUGUCUGGCUGUGUGUGUAUGUGUGUGUGUUUGGAAUUCAGAGCCCCCUGAGCCAGUCCCCCACUUCCCAGCCUCCCUUAGGGCACCCCCUAACUCUGCCUAGGCUGCCAGGGACUGGACCAGCUGGUUCAAGGCCAUCGGGAGCUUGUCUCCCAAUCUACAACCCCCCUUCCCUCCUUUUUUUCCCUCCUCUGUUCUUCUACAUUCCCUCCUUUCACCUCCCUCUCUCCUUCCACUUUCCUUCCUUCCUUUGUCUUCUCUUACCUGGCUCCUAUGCUGUGAUAUAUAUUUUUGUAUUAUCUCUUCUUCUUGUGGUGAUAAUCUUGAAUUCUUGUGGGAUGUUAAGUUUCAGAAUUUUCAAAUAAAGCCUUUGCAAGAUA